AUGGGUCCGAGUCCCCCAGGCCAAGCAAGGCUAGAAUUGACAUUCGAUAUUCGGUAUGAUAGUCAAGAGAUCUAUGAAGAAUACAAGUCGGAUUGGAAAAUACGAUGGGCCCUGGUUAAUCUAUACGCCAAACAUGGCCUGCCCUAUACUAAAGACGUAGAACGUCAGGUCAUCGAGAGAGAGCGGACCGUAAGAGAAUGGGUCACGGUAUAUUUGCCAAAGGACAGCCCAAUUAAUAUCGAGACUUUGCGAAAAGUGGAGCCGCGUGUGUGGAAUUCCGAGUACAAGUUCACGGUUUACAUUACGGGCGCAAUACAUUGA